AACCCAAUCCAACCUGUAUUCUGGUGGUUCGGUUCUUAGCUAAAUAAUUCCAAAAUAUCCCCAACAGAUGGCGCCACAUGCGUUCAAUUUUUAGUACGUAUUUCUACGAAGCUAUUUUUUAUGCUCCGGAUAUUUUGAGGUUAAUUUUAAAAAUUCUUGUGAAUAUCUUUUUAUGUGGAAAAUGAAUGCUUUAGAUAGUGAUACAUUUUUGAAUCAGGUUAGUUUGGCUUUAAACAACCCGAUUCAUAACAGAUGCAGCGAUUUGACGGUUUUACUUGAAUCGGCCAGCGUUAAAGAUUUACAACACCUUUUUCCAUUGCUUAUUGAUAAUAUUUUCGGUCCCCAAGGUACUGUGGCAUGGGGGUUACGAACGAUAACGGCUAAUUUAAAACCGUACGAUUUUCAUGCAUUACAAAAUUUUUUUUCACCAAUGGGGCCUAUGUUUAAAGUGAUUUAUACACUAAUAAAGGAUCCUUUAAUUAAAUAUGAUUUCAGUAUAACAUAUUUACCGAUGAAAAUUCGGCAAUUAUUAGAUGCAGGAAGUGUUCACCCAUUUUAUUCGGAUUUGGUGCAUGUUAGUCCACAAAAUAAGCAGAUAGUUUCAUUACUAUUAAAUCCCUUCGAUUAUUACAUGUUCCAUUUUGCAUACCAUUUAAUUAACCCUUGGCAUCAAAGAAAUGAUCUUCCUUUAGGGUCUACAUGGAAUAGUGUUUAUUAUAUUUUAUGUUGUGAUUAUGUUUUGCACUUUUUCCCUACACAACCAAUUCAAGUUCAACCUCCUGUUGGUAUUGGAGGAAAAUUAACUUCAAAUCAACCAUCUGCUUUUUCACAACAAUUAUCAAGUCCAAGUCAGAUUCCAACAAAACUUUUAAGAAAGGACUUUUUCAAUGAUCCUGUGGCGGAAUUUAAGUUACACCCGCCAUUAGAUAAGCAUCCAAGAGCAGAAAUAUGGAGAAGUGAAAGUGUUUUGAUUAUAUUUUUGGAUAUGUGGUUAAAUAAUGACCAAAUUAGUCAACCCCAAGAAAGUUUUAAUAUGAAUUUAUCCGCAAAGAGAUCACUUCAUUUUAAUGAGGUACCGGCUGGAGAAUAUGUUCGAAUAAUAAGAAUUUUAGUGAAACAACUCCAUGCAUUUUCAGCAAGUCAAAAAAUUGAUGAUGGUCAUAUGGUUGAACUGAAAAAGAUUACUCUUCCAAUUAUGCAAGGGAAAAUGUAUGUUUUUUUGAGGAAUUUAAUUCAUCGGUGGCCUUUGGAUGGAUCUUUUCGUUUAGUAUUGGAAUUAUGGUUAAGUUUUAUUCAACCAUGGAGAUAUGCAGUGAUUUCUCAACCAAAAAAAUUGAAAAAUAAAUUACCAUCAGAUUUAAAUUUAGAUUCAGAUGAAGGACAAGCAAAUUCAACAAAAGGUGUUGAUAAAGAAUAUUUACCAUUUAUAGCCGAAAAUAUUCUAGCAUAUGUUGUAAUUUUUCAACAAUUACUUCCAAGGUUUUUAAGAGUUGAUUUAUCAAGCCCAAAAAAUUCUUUGAUGCUUUACAGAUUAGCAAAAGUUUUUGAUCAACCGAAUUUAGUUUCAUUUAUAAAAGAAAUUGAAAAUUGCAUUGAAGAGAAUUAUUCAACUUCAAAUCAUGGUUUUAGCAGCUAUAAUAUUAGUAAUUCAAUGCCCCCAUUAUCUCCUACAGCACAAUGGUCAUCAAAUCGAAGUCAUUUACCCAGUCAUAUAGGUUCGAUUACAGAUGAUGCAAAACUUAUUUCAAUGGAAAAAGACCGUAUUAUUGGUAGUAAAUAUGUCAUUAUUGUUAAACAAAAAAUGUAUGAACUUGAAGGAACAAAUUUUUGUUAUAAACCAUUAUUUAUUUCACCACCAGCACCAGAGGUUUAUGAUUUAUUAAAUCAUAUUUUAAAAGCAAGAAUAACCGCAGUAGAAAUAAUAGAUCAUAGAAAUGCUGAAUUAAAACGACGAAGAAGUGGAAUUUUUGGUUUUCUAAAACAACUUUUUAGUUCUGAUGAUUUUUUGGGUGAUGAAUUUUCUUUAGAAGAUCGAAAAAAAGUUCCCGGUUAUUUAGAUUUUGCAAGUCAAUAUUUAUGUGAUAUGUUCUCUAUAAAUGAAGCUAUUCUCAAUGAAACAAUCAGAUCAUUAAAUACAACAACUAAGCCGCCGAUUAUUGAAGACGAAAAUAAUUUUCCGAAAUUAUUGACCCCUGAAAAGGUACGGGAGAGAAUAUACAAGAUGAAAUUUGAAGGUGAUCCCGAUUUACAAGCGAUUAGAUCUGAUGAAGUGACCCUUUUGGUUAAGAUGUUUUAUGAUUGUGCUUCAAAAAUUAAUGAAAAUUAUGGUUAUAAAAUAAAAAGUUUCUAUGAAGAUCCAACAUACAUAGGUAAAAUUGCAAGACAAAUCAUAUCUCCACCAAUAACAAUUUAUAAAUAUGAUAAAUCGAAUUAUGCACAGCCAAGAAGAAUAGCUGAAAGAUUACCACCAAGAAUUAGUUUAAGAUUUUUUGCGAGUUAUAAAUUUUUAGUUUAUAUGAGUUUAGGGGUAUUAAUAAGUACUUUAUUUCAUUAUAGCAUUCCGACUUUUAUAUUUUUUGUAUUUUCUUUUUGGUUUUGCUGGAUUUGUAUUAAAGCAUUAUUUGAUAAAACUGAAAUAGUUCGCACUCCAAAUCUUUUUGAUAAUUUAAGUUUUGAUCAAUCGUUUUAGGAUAACCAUUUCUAUUUGUAAAAUUUCUAAUUAUAAAUGAUAAUGAUUAGGAAUGCCUUUAUUUACAAUAAAAAACAAAUUAACAUAU